GUGAACUUGAUACUCCGCCCCAGACCCCUUAGCUGGAGUCUUAUUUAAGGGGAGUCCUCCCCUGAUCUCUUCGUCCCAGUGGAAGCAUCAGUCUUGCGACACAACUUGACCAUCCCAGGAAGCAAUCAUGUGUGACGACGAGGAGACUACCGCCCUUGUAUGCGACAAUGGCUCCGGCUUGGUCAAGGCUGGGUUCGCCGGAGACGACGCUCCCCGUGCUGUCUUCCCUUCCAUCGUUGGAAGGCCCCGCCACCAGGGUGUGAUGGUGGGUAUGGGUCAGAAGGACAGCUACGUCGGUGAUGAGGCCCAGAGCAAGAGGGGUAUCCUCACUCUGAAGUACCCCAUCGAGCAUGGCAUCAUCACUAACUGGGACGACAUGGAGAAGAUCUGGCACCACACCUUCUACAAUGAGCUCCGUGUGGCUCCAGAGGAGCACCCCACCCUGCUCACCGAGGCCCCCCUCAAUCCCAAGGCCAACAGGGAGAAGAUGACUCAGAUCAUGUUUGAGACCUUCAACGUGCCUGCCAUGUAUGUGGCCAUCCAGGCUGUGCUGUCCCUGUACGCUUCUGGCCGUACCACAGGUAUUGUGCUGGAUUCCGGUGAUGGUGUGACCCACAAUGUUCCCAUCUAUGAGGGUUAUGCUCUCCCCCACGCCAUCAUGCGUCUGGAUCUUGCUGGUCGUGACCUGACCGACUACUUGAUGAAGAUCUUGACUGAGCGUGGAUACUCUUUUGUCACAACUGCCGAGCGUGAGAUUGUGCGUGACAUCAAGGAGAAGCUUUGCUAUGUGGCUCUGGACUUUGAGAAUGAGAUGGCCACCGCUGCUUCCUCUUCCUCCCUGGAGAAGAGCUAUGAGCUUCCCGACGGUCAGGUCAUCACCAUCGGUAACGAGCGUUUCCGUUGCCCUGAGACCCUCUUCCAGCCUUCAUUCAUAGGUAUGGAGUCUGCUGGUAUCCAUGAGACUGCAUACAACAGCAUUAUGAAGUGCGACAUUGACAUCCGCAAGGACCUGUAUGCCAACAACGUCCUGUCUGGUGGUACCACCAUGUACCCUGGUAUUGCUGACCGUAUGCAGAAGGAGAUCACUGCUCUGGCUCCCAGCACCAUGAAGAUCAAGAUAAUUGCUCCCCCCGAGCGUAAGUACUCCGUCUGGAUUGGAGGCUCCAUCCUGGCCUCCCUCUCUACCUUCCAGCAAAUGUGGAUCACCAAGCAGGAGUAUGAUGAGGCUGGCCCCUCCAUUGUUCACAGGAAGUGCUUCUAAGCCAGCCAACUCUCCUUUCCACCAUACAUUUGUACUGUGUCUGUUACUGUAUAUACAUGUGUUGUAAUAAAAGUGGAUCAUUAUAACA